CUCCAUAUCAGCAUACUAGACAAUGAAAUAAUCAGUUGAUAGAGACGAGAGCAUGUGACCCCACAAGCCUUAGGCAACCAUGCCUCGUAAACCAGAAACGAUGCAUCGCUGCAGCUCGAGUGCACGCAGCCCACAUUAACAACUAUCUAUGCCUCGCAGGUUCCACGGUAUAAAGCCGACUACGUACAUAUUUCCGAGCCGUACAUGCCAGACGUCCUUGAGGCCUGCUAAUGAUUGAACACAGUGGAUAUUGCUGUGUCCCCCUUAUCCUCCGCAAAUGAUUGCUUAACCCCGAGAUUGCUUAAUCUCACGGAGGAGAGGAUCGUCUGCGAACUAAACCGCAUGAAACGGGACCCCAAGAGUCCAGACUCUAAGCACCCCGGGGUCUGUCUAGCAAUGACAGCGGAAAAGGGGCAUCACCGUUUUGGUCACUGCGUAGGACGUGGCGUCAAUGGUAUAUGCCACUAUCCAGUCGUCAAGGAGACCAUUGCCUCUGCCAGUACUCCAAAUGACGUCGUCGGGUCAUGGAAAGGUAUUCAUGCGCCGUCUGGAGUCAUUGCUUGCCCGGUUCAGGGGAGCUGAGAGAAUGGGGCGAAUUUGUGCCUAAUAAAAGAUCAUGACAGCACAAUAUCACUCAAAGGCCAUGUAACCACCCGCUUCAUCCACCACUCAUCUAGCGCAGGGCCUCGUGGUGGAGCAAAGAGAAGGUUGUUCAGCCACCGGCUUUUUGCUGUUUGGCGGAGCAUGACUUCUAAGAAUACAUACCCAACCUCGCGAUAUUUCGUGGUUCCUUGACCUAAAGGAUCCAUCGCGAUUCCUCGUCAGAUUGUUGACCACAUAUCGAACAUUCUGAACACCAACUAAGACAGUCCGGCUCUGAAUUCUCCAAGAUCGCUCCAUCCACUCCUAGAUAGAUCGUG